GUAUGUCAAACAAGAAACGGAAAGAACUGCUGCUGUAGGCAAAAUCUGUUUACCUUCCGAUUGGAUAGUGUUACACAUAUCUGUUUAUUAUUACUCAGUAUGUGGCGUUGUGAUUAGAUAAGAAAUUAGUGAUAAUUAGUCAAGAAUACAAUGCAUAAUCUUUAAAUAGUGAUAAUUAGUAUUAUUUUCUUGAGAUAAUCGCAGGUGAAUCUUGAUAUUCUCGCCAAACAAUCUUAAACGUAUUAUAUACAUAUAUAUGUGAAUGCGUAAAGGCAAACCUAUAUAUAACAAUUAAGGCAUUUGCUUUCGAUAGUACUCACGAUUAAUUUGCUCAAGUGACAGUUUUAGUAGCAAAAAUUAACUAAAAUUUAAUAGCGCUUUACACUAAUACUAAAGAGAAAAUAUGUGUGUGAUAUUUUUUUAUGUAAACUCAAAUCCAACCUCCGGCGGUUAUAAGCUGAUUCUAGCAUCAAAUCGGGAUGAAUUUUUCGCCAGAGAUACACAAGAUGCAGCAAAGUGGGCUAACGCUGAGCAUGUUUAUGGAGGCAUUGACCUCGAACCUGGACGUGAAGGUGGCACAUGGCUGGCUAUAGGUGGCCAUGGUGGUGUAUUUAAAAUAGGUGCAUUGCUCAAUUUGACAGGCGAGCCAAAACCAAGGAAUGCUGUGGCUACACAUCAUAACAUAAUGCACUUCAAUUAUGACAACAAUAAGGCUGAUAUAAAAGGAAACAUCACACCUACAGACAACACACCAAUACCACUACUGAACAAUGAAAAUUUUUUGUUAGGCCGUGGUAUGAUCGUGUCUAAUUUUGUCUCUUCCGGUGAUGAGUGCAAUAUAAAAACUUACAACGCUGAACUAUUGGCCGAUUGCACCAAGUACAGCGCUUUUAAUUUUGUGUCAAUCGAAAUUGGCGAUUCAAAAAGACCCGCUGCAAUAACGCUGUUAAGCAAUUCGCCGCCCACUUUGGAGCAUUUUGCUGAUGGUAAAUGUUAUGGCUUUGGCAACAGUUUGGAUGCCGUGCCUUUUCAGAAAGUCAUAAACGGACGUCAACGUUUCCAAAAUAUUGUUGAGAAUUUUAACAAAAAAUUGUCAAACUCGCCGAUGGAGAGCGCGCAAAAUCUACAAAAUGAAUUGGUCACAAAUUUAAAGAAUUUAUUAAAGUGUAAACAAAAGUUUUGGCCAGAUGCGGAGUUGCAACGACGCGCACCCAAUUGGGGCGAACACUUGAGUGCGUUGAAUGUGAAUGUGCCGUUAGCGAACUAUGGCAGUCGCACGCACACCGUUAUACUGGUUGAUGAGCAUAACAAAAUGCAUUUCUAUGAGGAAACCAUGGCUGGACUAGAUCCCGAAGGUGAAUGGCGACAAACACAUAUCGAAAAAAAUUACUUUCAAAACCACAACUAAGUUGGCAAUGCGAAAACGUUUUAAUGCUUUGAUGUGUUGCGCUGCUUAUUGGUUGUGUGUAAAACUCAAUGAAUCUUAUUAUACAUUUUUGUACUCAGGUGAAAUGACUAAACGCUUUCAUGCAUAAGGAUCUAACAAAUAGGUGAUAAUACAAUUGUGUACGUCUGCUUUCAGCGUAGUUGUUUAAAUAUUGAUUUAAAAUUUUAUUCUCUGCAAUUGUUCUGAUUUAUAACUCUUACUAGUUAACAAGAUAAUUUUAUUUUAUAUACAUAUAAAAUAUAUACAUACAGUUAGUUUGCGUUUAUUGCAUAAGUUUUUAUUAUUUUAUUGUUUGUAAGCCUUGGCGACUCUUUGUUUGACACCUUUCAGCGCACCCUUGCGUGCACCGUUCACUAUGUUCUUAAAUGUGCCUGCAUGUUUUGCGCGUUUACUGUAAGAAAAAACCAAAUAGCAAAUAAAUAAAAGUAUGUAAAACAAUGAGAUUAAUGAAAACUACAAAA